GCCGGCUGUCCAAUUUACCAAUCAACCCCCCCUCAUAUUCUUGUCCCUCCACCUUUCCACCUCUCCCCUCUCACUGUUCUUUCUUUCAUUCAUUCAUUCCUCUUAUUUGCCCUGCUUUCUUCCUCGCCGGGGUCCGAUGAGCUGUUGAUCGUGAGCGGGAGGAGAUUCUCAGCCCACCAGCUUCAGCUCAUCAGAUGUGCCUGAAGAGGGCUUCGUGCGGAUUGAGUGGUUUGCAAGUAAAGAUCAGUCCUUGAUCGCCCGGUGUAGAAAACAAGGAAGAUGGGUUGCUUCUCUUGUUUCGAUUCCGGAGAGGACGAGAAGCUCAACACGGAAAAGAUAGCUGCCCUUGAUCGGAAGCAGCACCUCCCCACUAUCCCUUCCACCAUUUCUCGAUUGCCUUCCGGAGCGGAAAGACUCCGAACGAGAAGCAAUGCAGGGUCCAAAAGGGAAGUAAUAGGCAGUAAGGAUGGGCCCGGUGCUCACAUCGCUGCCCAAACUUUUACUUUUAAAGAGCUUGCAGCUGCAACGAAGAAUUUCCAGUCUGAAUCCUUCUUGGGAGAGGGGGGUUUUGGUCCAGUUUACAAGGGGAGGCUCGAGAGCACAGGACAGGUUGUUGCAGUCAAACAGCUGGAUCGGAAUGGUCUUCAGGGUAACAGGGAAUUCCUGGUGGAGGUCCUCAUGUUAAGCCUCCUGCACCACCCGAAUCUCGUGAAUCUGAUUGGUUACUGUGCUGACGGGGACCAACGACUUCUCGUCUAUGAGUUCAUGCCCUUGGGAUCAUUGGAAUAUCACCUCUUUGAUCUUCCCCCUGACAAGGAACCGCUAGACUGGAACACACGAAUGAAGAUUGCAGCGGGAGCAGCGAAAGGCUUGGAGUACCUCCAUGAUAAGGCGAACCCACCAGUCAUUUAUCGGGACUUCAAGUCAUCCAACAUAUUGCUCGACGAGGGAUACUUUCCGAAACUCUCUGAUUUCGGGCUAGCAAAGCUGGGGCCGGUCGGAGACAAAUCCCAUGUCUCCACGCGAGUGAUGGGAACUUAUGGGUACUGCGCCCCUGAGUAUGCCAUGACAGGGCAAUUAACUGUCAAGUCUGAUGUAUACAGUUUCGGGGUUGUCUUCUUAGAGCUGAUCACAGGAAGGCGAGCCAUUGACAGUAGCCGUCCCCAUGGAGAGCAGAACCUAGUCACUUGGGCACGCCCAUUAUUUAACGAUCGCAAGAAAUUCUCCAAACUUGCUGACCCAAGGCUUCAGGGGAGGUAUCCGAUGCGUGGGCUCUACCAAGCGCUUGCUGUGGCCUCAAUGUGCAUACAGGAACAGGCAGCCGCUCGUCCUCUCAUCGGGGAUGUGGUGACUGCCCUCUCUUAUCUGGCAAACCGGUUGUAUGAUUCCACUGCGCCCUCCGGGCACAGAGGAGGGUUGGGCUCAAAUGACGGGAGGGGUAGCGGAAGGAUCCUGAGGAACGAGGAAUUGGGAGGAUCAGGACGGAGAUGGGACUUUGAAGGGUCAGAGAAGGAAGAUUCUCCAAGGGAGACGGGGAAGAUCUUGAACUCGAACAGGGAUGCAGAGAGGGAACGAGUUGUUGCAGAAGCAAAGAUGUGGGGAGAAAACUGGAGGGAGAAGAGGCGGCAGAGCGCACAGGGGAGCCUCGACAGGUUGAAUGGUCAGUUUUUGUGAUGAAGAAUAUGCGCGAUUAUAUCGUUUUGUUUCAGAGUACAUUAGAUGAGUCCCAAUUGAAAAUUUUGAGGAGACAAAAGGCAAAAGGCAAAAGGCAAAUGCAUAUGCUUCUGCGGCCACCUCUGCUGAUUGUACAUAUGUUAAGGGAACUUCACUCAUCAGAAACAGUUGAUCAGAACACCAUACCUGUUACCUUAUGCUUGUCUUUGAGAAGCAUAGUCUGUCUUAUUUAACAUUUUUGUUCUCGGA